AUGGAUUUCUUGAAGCUCCUGGCCCUCCACCAUCACACUAUUGUAGCAGUCAUCCUCAACAUGAUGGCCCUCUGCCUUUCUACCACAUCCUUCCUUAGCAGCUACUGGUGUGUGGGCACACAGAAAGUGCCCAAGCCCUUGUGUGGGAAGAGUAUGGCCUCCAAGUGCAUUGGCAUGCUAGUGCCCUUGGAUGGGGGUAGUGGCAAUACAUCAAGCCAAGAGGUGGUAAACUACAGCUGGGAGACAGGAGAUGACCGCUUCUCCUUUCGCUAUUUCCAUGCUGGCAUGUGGCUGUCUUGUGAGGAAAACAUGGAAAGCCCAGGAGAGAAGUGCCGCAGUUUCAUUGAACUCACACCACCAAUAGAAAGAGGAAUACUUUGGUUAUCCCUGGGGUCAGAGAUUGUCUACGUCAGUCUGUUAUCCAUCAGCCUCCUCCUACUGCUACUGGAAUUGUUAUUCCCUGGAAACCCUGGCUGUGGACUUAAGCUUAAUGCCUUUGCUGCUAUGUCCUCAGUCUUGUCAGGCCUUUUGGGGAUGGUGGCACACAUGAUGUACACGCAAGUUUUCCAGGCAACUGCCAACUUGGGACCAGAAGACUGGAGGCCACAUACUUGGGAUUAUGGCUGGGCCUUCUACAUGGCCUGGGUCUCUUUCACCUGUUGCAUGAUGUCAGGCGUCACAACCCUCAACACCUACACCAAGAUGGUACUGGAAUUUAAAUGCAGCCAUUACAAAUCCUUCAAAGAGAACCUGAGCCACUCACCAUCGCUACACUACCAAUGCCUUCUCCUGCAGCAACAGCAGCAGCGGCGGCAGCAGCAGCAGCAGCCACUAACUCCAACCCACUCCAGGGAUCAACUGAGCAGUUACUACCAGGACGAAAAACAGUCUGACCACUCGGUCUCUGGAGGGGUUGACUUUUGCUCAGAGCUACAAGAGAAGGUGCUUUCACAAGAGUCUAGGAUGGAACUAAGUGAAGCGCUCGAAUCAUUAGUGGAGGAUGAGCAAUGUUAGGACUGCAAUGGGAGGGGCAGGAGAGAAUAGGGAGUAAGAGGAGUGAAGAGGACAAGUCCUGCCUUCCAUAGCCACUGAGAUUAUGUGCACAACUCCAGACUUCCAUUUUUUUUUUAGCAUUGCUUUUGGGAACUAAGAGCAAGGCUGUCUUUCAGCACAAGUCCCCAAAGCCUCCCAAAUUCUAUUCCCAUCUCACCAUUCCCUACUAUGUAACAAGGGUCUCUUUUCUACUUCAUUUAGCCCAUCUGGGAUUGGGAGAAUUAUAAGUUGUCAAUGUGAUUGUGGUUAGCAUCUGAAUUUUUAGCACCCCUCUUACAGUUAAGUAUGCCAGAGUCAUCCUAGCUAGCAUGAGAUGAAAACAGAAGACGUCAUUAAGUGAUUUGGUGUCACCUAUGACAUCCCAGUUUCCUUUGUAUUCUCCAUGGUGUUUAGCAUUGUACCUUUCCCUCAUUAGGUGCUCAAUAAAACAAGAUUCUGGUUCAAGACUAUCGGAAGGAGUCAAGGGAUAGACUUUCAUUCUUGUCCCAUCUCUAAAUCUUAUUAUUUUCCUUCUCCUUGCUCCUUCCAAUGACUUUCCUCUUACUUAUUUGUCCAUAAAAUAAUUUCAUGAAUCACUUGAUUGCUCUUUAUCUUAUAUAUAAGUGACCAUAAACCAUCAUCCAUAGCUAAGAAAAAUGAAUAGUGUCACACACAAAUAAUCCUGUACAUGGUGUUUAUUUGUUCUAUCUUGUAUUUCAAAUGCUUUUCUGACAAUCCAUACAGUGGUGUUUCUUUUACACAGAAGAUGUAGACAACAGUUCACAUUUAUGGGAAUUGAUGUAACAAUACCACAGGAUAAUAAAAUUAAAGAAGGAUCCCUCAUAGAUUGAUUAAAGAGGGAAGCAAAGACAGGACAGAGUACAGAUGGGUCAGUUUCAUUUGCAGAAGAUGCAGAAGGUAUUAUUACUGCUUCUAGAAGUUGUUUGAGCUAUAACAGGGACACAAUGUGAGGAACAGAGAAAAGAAAGGAAUGCUUACAGUACAGACUAAUGCUCAUUCAUCCAGUUAAUGGUUCCCUGAGAGAAGAGGGAGGUUUAAAUACAUUUGAACAUGGGUUAGUACCCAAACUGUCCAGAUGUCAACCUUCCAUCACAACUCAUUAUCUAUUAAGUGGUUUAGGGGAAAGAGUCCUAUCAAGUAUAGCCAAAACUGAACUCCUAAGGUGGUAGGCAAGCACAUCACCUUGAAUUCACACAAAACAUUCUUUCCAGCUCUUACAUUUUAUAUUUCUGUGACUUAAUCAAAAAAGAAGCCUGGCUCUCUGCUAAAAAUGAUCUCCACAACACACAUGUUAUGAACAAAUGUACCACAUAUUUCUGCCUAAAUAUGGGUAACCAGUCUGAAAGUCUGGGUAUACUGGAGAAAUAUGAAAUGCUCAGAUCUCAGUGGUAUAUGGCAGGGAACACCCCAGGCCAUGGGGACCACUGUAGAGCAUGACAUCAGUUUGGCCCAGAUUAGACUUUGGAACCCCCUCCAACAAUUGGGUCUAUUUAAAGCAGAGAAGGAUCCUCAAUCAAAACAUGGCCUAGCACACCACAUCCUUCCAAACUGAUCCAAAUUCCAGAUGACCUGGCACCAUCUUUUCCUACUGGGAUAUUCCUAGAUCCAACUUGAUUUUUUUUUAUUCCUUCAUCUGUGCCAAACUGGGAUUCAGACAGUAGCUAUGCUAGAACUGACUGUCUUCACAGGUAUGGGUCAGGUACCUAGACCAGCUGCAUUUCAAGCAGCACCUGCUGAACGUUGACAGUGAUUAACCCUUUAAUAUUAUGUCAUAUGACUUUCAUUGGGAAAAUGGCAACAGAUGCCCUUUCAAAUUUAGCAAUAUUAUCAGUGAAAUCUCUAAAACUAGCAUUAAAUAAGUUAAGGGAGAACUACUGAAAGUUUCAGUGAAGACACAUCACAAAGCAGCUCAAGGGAGAGAACAAUCCUCCUACCAGCUCCUGACUGUGAUUUCCUAUGACAUAUCAUCAACUGAGAGGCUUAGCCCAAUAAAUAAUCACUAUUAGAAGAUAGCUUACAAGAAUCUAUUCCUAUUAAGAAAAGAAUAGAGGAAGGGGACUAAAAACUGGAGGCUACACCAAUGAACUUACUAUUUACAAAGUUACAGUAUUUACACAAGAACACCAUGAAAUAUAUACAAGCUGUUCCAUGGCUCUAUAAGGAAUAGGGUCAGUGAGACAGAUUAACUACAUAUCAAGGCUCAGGGUUUUAAAGGAAGGGCUCAGGAAUAGCUUUUCCUCCAUAAGAAUUCUGUACAAUGAAGCAAAAACAUUCUUCAACAAUAGAAAAUGCAAGAACCAGUUUUAGGAAGAGGGCUCCAUGAGAGAAGUGUACCAAUCGUUAUGAAGAGUCAGUUUAAAGUGAGAAAAAGAAUAUGAACCUCAACUCUUCCUGAAUUUCAGUGUUUUUGUGAGCAGUAAGAAUGUUCUGCUUAAUCCUGACAUCACAGCAGAAACAGUGGAUCAUCCCUGACACACUGAAAACCAAAAUAAUAUGGGGCUUGAGAUAAUUCAUUUGAACUUAUUUCUCUUACUAUACUUGUGAUAGUAAUGUAGCUCUUCCCAUAGCCUCUGGGCAUCUGGAUGGGAGGUUAGAAACAAAGGAUGGAAGGGAUAAGAAUAGCCAGUCUUCUCACAUUGUUUUAAAUCAGUGCCAAUGAUUGACAAAUAAGAUAGUUCAAGAUUGACCUGGAUGAGAAGGAAGUGAAAAGUCAAAAAAUGGUGACCCUAAGAUAAGAGGUAGGAAAUUUGGAGGAGUAGAGAUGACCAAAUGGCCCAGAUAUGUUUCACAUGUGCAAGGAAAUGGGUCUGAAAUAUAUCUAGUAAACACUCCACACUUCAAAACUCAUAAAGUAACACAAAGCAAAAAAACAUUUCCUGGACUUAAGUACUUCUUUGACACUUCUCAGCAUUUGCUUAUAAAUUACACAUUCUCUCUCUCUCUCUCUCUCUCUCUCUCUCUCUCUCUCUCUCUCUCUCACACACACACACACACACACAC